CACUGCUCUGCUCCACUAUGCUGCCUGAGAAAACAGAUUUUGAAAUAGGGAGUAUUUGAGCUGCAUCUCCAAAGUCUAUUACAGUUUUAUUCGAGUCACAGAGUUCCACACUCCCUACCAGAUCUUUAAGGGUGCCGAAUUCGCUGGCUUCCUAAACAAAACGCUCGCGCCACAGAGCAGGGCAGGUUGCGGCUGGAACUUACGCUUGGGCGCGACCCAAAAGGCGAGCGCAUCCUGGACCCACGCGCCGCUGGCUGGCCUCCCGCGACCCCGCGCCGCUCCCAGGUCAUCGCUGAAAAAUGAAGUUAUUUAAUGUCUUUGCGUUCAUGGCCUACUGCCAUUUGUUAAAUGCAUUUAGUGUCACAGUUUCCAAGGACCUAUAUGAAGUAGAGUAUGGCAGCAAUGUGACAAUGGAAUGUAAAUUCCCAGUAGAAAAUCAGUUAGACCUGGUUGCAUUAGUUGUCUACUGGGAAAUGGAAGAUAAGAAAAUCAUUCAGCUUGUGCAUGGGGAAGAAGACCUGCAGGUUCAGCACAGCAGCUAUAACAAGAGGGCCCGGUUGUUGAAGGACAGACUCUUCUUAGGAAGGUCCACACUUCAGAUCACAGAUGUCAAAUUGCAGGAUGCAGGGGUUUACUGCUGCCUGAUCAGCUAUGGUGGUGCUGACUACAAGCGGAUUACUUUGAAAGUCAAUGCACCAUACCGCAAAAUCAACCAAAGAAUUUCUAUGGAUCCAGUCACCUUGGAACAUGAACUGACAUGUCAGGCUGAGGGUUACCCUGAGGCUGAAGUCAUCUGGACAAGCAGUAACCACCGAAUCCUGGGUGGCAAGACUGUCAUCAACAAUUCCAAGGGGGAGGAGAAACUCUUCAAUGUGACCAGCACACUGAGAAUCAACACAACAGCGAACGCGAUUUUCUGCUGCACUUUUAGGAGAUCAGGUUCCCAGGAAAACAGCACAGCUGAGCUGGUCAUCCCAGAACCACCUAAGGUAUUUUUAGAAAAGAAGAGGACACACUUGGUGAUUCUGGGAGCUGUCCUGUUAUUUCUUGGUGUAGCGCUGACAGUCAUCUUCUAUCUAAAAAGAAAUGUGAGAAUGAUGGAUGUGGAAAACUGUGACAUCAAAGAUAUGAACUCAAAGAAACAAAAUGAAACAAAAUUUGAGAAGAUGUAAUCCAGCAUCGGAACUUCUGAUCUUAAAGCAGGGCUCCUCGCCAGUGGUUUGGCAGUUCAUCCGGACUUAGUGUGACCAGAGGAAUGAAUGGGCCAGCAGUCUGCAGAUGACAUAGGACUUAGAAGUCCAAAGCACUGAAAAUGGAACGUAGGGAGAGUAGAGAAGAGAAGAAAGAAGAAAGAUGGAGGAAUAAAGGUAGCCUGGAAGGAAACCUUGGUACUUUUUAAAGAUUGAGAGGGUCAUUGGUGCAUGUGACAAUGAGAAAAGACAUGUUUGACUGAUGAGCCUUCAUGUACAUUGUUCAUCACUCAUCCUAGGAAGACGGGUUGAGGGUCCCUGAUUUAAUGGUCAGUUCCUGCAGAAAUGCCCUUUGUCUCCACCCAAUGCCUCAGUUUGUCUGCUGGAUGACCGGGAGUCCCAGUGUUCUAACAUAUUUAAUUAUGGUUAUUUCUAUUUAUUUUGAGUGUUGUCAUGUGCAUGUAUUUGUGACUCUCUUUUGAAGAGGUGUUGUAGUAGAUGUUAAAAUUUGUCACCAACUAAACUUGCUACUUAAUGAAUUGCUUGCAGCCAGUAAAAAGUAUAGUGAUUGUAGAAUACUUGGCAUCCAACAUAACUGUAGAUACAAAUAGGAAGCUUAGAGAACAAACCAGCAGUUCAUAUAGGAUCUUGCCUCACUUAACCCCUUGAUCCUUUGGUUGACUUGAAUAAUCUUAUUCUCAGAAUCCAGUGCCUGUUGCAAUAUCUGUUCCAUUUAAAUAUUAGCUUUACAACUAGGCAGUACCCUACAUGCAUAACCUCAUUUCAUCCCUGAAACAACCCUGUUGUGGGAGGUACUGUUAUCCAUUUUACAGUUGAGGGAGCAGAGAGAUAAAGUAACUUGUCCAAGCAAGUAAAUAGCAGACCUCAGAUUUCCACGACUAUCACAGACAGGUCUUUUAGAAUACAGUUUACAGGUACAUUUUGCUUUAAACAAUUCAUUCCUUCAUCAGACAGUUAGUAAGUGCCCUUUCGUGGUAGUCAGUGUGCCAGGCAGUGAGUCUGCAGAGAUGAGCAAGAUGUAAUACUUGCCUUCAAGGAGUUGAUAAUCUAGUUGAGAGAUAGUUGAGAAAAUUUACUACUAAAUGUAGUGCAGUGUCAUAGCAUAAGGUGUGGGAGGAUGGUGAUGUGAGGGGGGGAAAGGCUGUAAAUGCUGCCAAGAGGAGGAGACACUUUAGGUGGGCAGCCAGCAUGUUCCUGGACAGUCAAAUAUACUUAAACAUUUUAAUAAUCAAAGUGAUUUUGGUUUACAAGGAGAUUUUAAAGAACUGGAAAAUUAUUCUUGAAUUCCUUUUGUAUUAUUAUAUUUACCUCUGAUUUAUUUGCCUUCACUAUAUAAUGUGAUGCUUAUUUAUAUAGUGUCUGGUAUUAUUUAGCAAUUCUUCCUUUUUUAUUUAUAUGCUUCCAAAUUUUGAAUACAUAUCCUUCCAUGAUUCAAAAUUCAAAGGGUUCAAUAGGAAGUAGUUAAAAAUCUCCAUUCCAUCCUCCUAGCUGUCCUGUUUGCCUGCGAUUACACCUUCUGCUGUUUCUUAUGUGUUCUUCUAAAGAUAUUCCAUGAAUAUAUAUGAAAAUGUGUGCAUAUAUUUUUCCCUUUUUUCAUUUCAUAUAAGUAGUAACACUUUAUGCAUCAGCUAUGAACUUUGCUUUUUUCCAUUUAAUACAUUCUUUCUUAUGAAGCACCCAGAACCAAAUUGAAGUUCCCUGAGGUCAGGACUGUGUCUUGUUUGUUUCUAGGUUUCCUUUUCCACAGCCUCCUGACUAUCCAUGAUGCUUAAUGCAUGCUAAGUACAUACUACAUAAAUAUUUAGACAACCAGCAUUUAUUGAGUACUUGUUCUAUGACUGUGUUUUGAUUUGGUUUAUGUUGCGUUUGCUUUGAGUGAGACCCAUGGGUUACCCAGGGUCCACUGGACCAAUCUGUUCAUCCUUAGGAGAGAUCUUAUUAUUAACUCAGUAUGACAGAAUCAUGUCUGGAACUGUUUUUUUCCUGAUGAUUUAUUUUCUCUUGAGCCUAAACUUGAGUUUGAUGCUGCACUUGCAAAAUUGCAGGUCCUAUUUGGAAAUUCCAGCAGUGUGACUUGACUGCUGGCUGCCCUAGACCCUCUUCUGUGCCAGAUUAUUGGCUGUGCCUGAACCCUUGAUCCCACCAGCUCUCAUCACUACAAAGGCCUCCUCAGACAUUGCUCUCCAGAGGCUUUGAGAUUCAGAUGCUCUCCAGGAGGUCCCACCCCUCUUUGCAGUUUACCUCCUGGUUUACUGGGUCCAUAACAGGAAAACCUUCUUUACUUUACCCCACAUCAAGCUUGAGGAAACACACUCUCCAACAGAACUCUUUUUGUUGCCUUUUUGCACAUGCUUAUUUGUACAAUAUCCCUUGUUUGUAUGAAGGACAGAGACUCUGACUGGGCAAGUCAUACAUUUGACCUACUCCAUUCCUAAGUCCUAAACACCUUCUUCUCGGGGUGUUGGAUUUAUAAGGCACUUUAUCUGUUUUGUCUUUUAUUUCAUUGUAAGCCAUAAUGGCAGAGAUGACUAAUAAUUCUGUAUUUGAUUGUCACUUGCAUUAAUUUAAUAAAAUGUUCUUAUUUAUUUUGUUCCUCAGUGUAUA